GCAACAGAGUUGAGUUCAACUGAACGUGGCGAGAAAUUUUUCCAAAACAUUCAUCCCAAAGUUGCUUUCCCUCCUUUUUUUUUGUUCCAAUUAUCAUUAUCUAAAAAAGGAGACCCAACUUGUGGCAGGCCAAAUUGGGAGUUUCUUUCCUCCUUGCGUAGGGCAUGAAGUAAAACGCAUGCUACGUGUACAUCACGCGUGUAUUUGUAUGCACGUGUUCCCCUAUCCUCCGAACAUCCACAUAAGUACAAACUGUUUUUUUUCCAACGCGUCAUACGCCGCGUGUACCAGUUCGUGGAGGCGAAUGCGAAAGAAAUUCUCUUCGGAAGGGGCCGCUUAAAGUGAUAGCAUACCGCUAAAGGAGGAGGUUUCAAAAGGUUGGCAAAAAAGGCAAGUAAAUCCCCCCUCGAAAAGUUUAACGUGAAGCACAAGUGGUGAACGUCUCACGUUUAUCAACCGACGUAGUAACUUCUCAUCAUCCGUAGGCCGCCGCGUCGACUCGUGCAGAGCGCCGCGCACAAGAUCGCGUUUUGCCCUUUUCGCAACCCGCUGAGCACCCCCACCAGCUAGCCAAAAUGUUCAACCUGAGUAGCCUACUGAAGGCGACGAAAGUCGCGAAGCCUGCAAGCGCUGCCGCACCGGACAAUGAAAACGCAGACAAUAACGCGGAAGGGGGGAGCAGCGAGGCCGUCAAAAUAAAGAUAAUAAACAUGCAAGAGUAUAAAACGAAGAAGUUCUUGGACGAAAGGAAAAAUGUGAAUGCAUGGAGUGCGGCCAACACCAGCGGGAAGAAGCCCGCCAAGGAGCCGAAGAAGAAGCCGGAGAAGAAGAAGGCGGAGAAGAAGAAGGAGGAGCCGAAGAAGGAGGAACCGCAGAAGGAACCGCAGAAGGAACCGCAGAAGGAAGAGCUGAAGGGGGAAGAACCGAAGAAGGAAGAGCCAGAGAAGGACGAAGCCAAGAAGGAAGAGGCCAAGAAGGUGGAAGCCAAAAAGGUCGAACCGAAGAAGGCCGAACCGAAGAAGGACCCCAAAAUUGAACCCCCCAAAAAAAAAUUCAUCCCCUCGGUGCUCAAACAGAAGGAAGCCGCCAUGGCCAAAGUGGUGAAGGAAGUAAAAACCGAAAAGGUGGAACUAUUCCCGGACCUUCUGCAGGCAAAGAAGUCGACCAAAACGGAGAAAGAGAAAAAAAAAAACCAACCACAAAAAAAAAAUAAAAAAGAAAAAGCAGAAAAGAAAAAGCAAGAAGAGGAAGAAAACAAUUUCCCCCCAAUAGAGGAGGUAGAAAAAAUACACUUUAACAUUUUUGACAUCGUAGACAUAAAGAAGGAGUAUGAACGGAUUAUGAGGAAUUCGGAAAAGGUCAUGGAGAAAUAUAAAAAUAAGAAAAAAUUUGACGACACUAUGAUUUUGUGUAAUUAG